AUGCAAAGAUCAGCCUACUUCAAGACAAACAAGAGAACCGUCAAAUCAAACAUCAUGCUGAAGUUUGUGACAAAGGCAAUGGAUAUCAAGCUUCAAGGUCAAGCCGAUUUCAUGACUACUCUUGAAGAUCCGAUCAAACUCUUGAAACCUAUUGAACAAUUCAUGAAGAAGAGUGCUGAUGCUGAGUAUGAUUUCUCGGAUUUCUGGGAAGCGAAUCAAAAGUUCUUUGCUAUGAAGCAAGGAACAACAGAAAACUUGAUGCAUUUCAAGGAACGAUUCUUGAGACAGGCUGAAGUCCUGCAAGAUCUAUAUGGCGUGGCCUGGUUCCAAAAUUGUGCAGUCAAGACAAAAGCGUAUGCUGCUAUUGCUAGCACCAAUACUGCUGCUCAAAACAAGUUCAAGGAUGAUAUCUUUGAAGCCGUUCUUGCAACAGGAUUUCUGUGCAACUGCGAUCAAACGAGAACAGUUCCUCUGAUGCUGGAUCUUCAGACAAACUAUUGCAGGGAAGUGGAUUAUUAUCCAAAGACGGUCAGCAAAGCACAAGAUAUGUUGAAGAUUCACAUGGAUGUGAUUAAGAAUCCUGGAGUGAACCUAUACCAAGGAAACGACCAAUCAAAGAAUGGUAAAGGAACAACAGAAAACUUGAUGCAUUUCAAGGAACGAUUCUUGAGACAGGCUGAAGUCCUGCAAGAUCUAUAUGGCGUGGCCUGGUUCCAAAAUUUUGCAGUCAAGACAAAAGCGUAUGCUGCUAUUGCUAGCACCGAUACUGCUGCUUAA